AUGGUCAAGAAGAACCACAACAACCACUCAAAGGGCAAGGACCGGUACCGCAGCAAUCCCCGCGGCGGUAAGAGAGGCGAAGAUGGUGAACCGCUGCCAAAGCCGCCGUUUAAAGCCGCCGCAUGGGACCUGGGUCACUGCGACCCUGAGAGAUGCUCUGGCAAGAAACUGAUCCGACAAGGCCUCAUGCGCGACCUCCCCAUCGGGCGCAAAUUCAGUGGCGUAAUUAUCACCCCCAACGGCAAAGGCCCCGUCUCCCAAGCCGACAGACCCCUACUCGAAGAGUUCGGCGCCGCCGUCGUCGAGUGCUCCUGGGCACGCCUUGAUGAAGUCCCCUUCAGCAAGAUUGGCGGCCGCUGCGAGCGCCUCCUCCCCUACCUGGUCGCCGCCAACUCGGUUAACUACGGGAAGCCGUGGCGACUCAACUGCGCGGAGGCUCUGGCGGCGUGCUUUGCGAUCAUGGGGCAUCCGGAGUGGGCGGUGGAGAUACUGCGGCCGUUUCCGUAUGGGGAGGAAUUUAUGCGCAUGAAUGCGGAGCUGCUGGAGAAAUAUGCGGCGUGUGCAGAUGCGGAGGCGGUGGGGAAGUGUCAGGAGGAGUGGCUGGCGGGGCUGGAGAGGGAGUGGGAGGAGAGCAGGAAGAAUAAGGAUGCGGACCUGGAGGGGUGGGGGGGCGGGAAUCUUAAUAAGAUGCCUGUGGUGAGGGCGAAGAGCGAUAGCGACGAGGAUGAAGAUGAUGAGGAAGAGGAAGAAGAGGAGGAGGACUACCAGAAGACAAGUGGGCGCAACGUUGACAUGCCCCCAUCCGACGAUGACGACGAAGACGAGUACCAAGAGUACCUCCGCCAGAAGGUCCUCGCCUCCAAGACCUUUGCAAACCCCGUCUCCACCAAGUCCCCGGCAAAGCAGCAACACACAGAAGACGCCCAUACGCACUCCCACUCCGACAGCGACGAAGAGUACGGGAGCGACCAGGACGACCACGGGGGCAUCUAUGAUGCCGCUCCUGUAGUGGUGGAGGAGGAGCUGGGACCGUCGAUAAUUAGGCCGUCGAAUAGCAGGCCUGAUGAGCUUUCGGCGGUGUUUUCAAGGGCCGUGAUAUCGGCGCCGAAGAGAGGGUUGGGGUCGUAG